AUGGCACCACAAAACCUGUUAGAGCUGUUGCGGUCGAGGACUGUGGUCGAUUGUGAUACUAUGGAGUUUGAAGUUGCGAAGACUCUUGGUCCUUUCACAGAUUGUACCUCCAAUCAAGCGAUUGCAUUUUUCGAGCUCCAGAAACCAGAGAACAAAAGUCUUCUUCAAGAGACAGUCGAAACGGCGAAAAAGCUCUUCAAUACUGGGGUGUUUUCAAAUAUACAGUAUUCGGAAUUAGCUGUGGAGAUUGCUAUGGUAAAACUACAACUUGCAAUUGCAAGCGUAGUCACGGGAUUCGUCCAUGUUCAGACAAAUCCCUAUCAUUCAUUCACGGACACAAACAAAGCUCACAAACUCUGUCACGAAACCCAACAAUUCUACCGCAAAAACAAUCUCAAAACAAAAGUCCUACCAGCGAGUCUUACAAAUAUCGACGAAAUUAUGAUGUUAGCUGGUGUAGAUCAUAUCACUAUUGCGCCGGCGCUAUUAAGAGAAUUAGCUGCUACAUCUGUGGAAGGCUAUACCGUGAAAUCUUUGUUUGAUGAGGUUGAGAAAGAGGAGCUUAAGUAUGAAUUGAGGGAAUAUGCGGAAUUGGAGAGUGAAUGGAGGAUUGCUUUUACGAGGAGUGGAAAGGGAGAGGGAGAGAGGAAGUUGAGUCAGGCUAUUAAUAUCUUUUGUGAUAUGCAAACGAAGCUGGAAGCGAUUUUUGAGGAGUUGAAAAUUUGA